UUUUGACACAAAUCCGAUGAAUUUGUCAGUAUAAAAGACGAACUGGCGAUCGUUAGAAUCAAAUCGUGUUCACUUCGAUCCAUUGGAAGUUAGCAGUAAAUUCAAACAGACUUGAACUCUCAAAAAAAGUAUUUGACAUUUGAAUAAAAUGGCUCAUUUUAAAAGCGCAGUUGUAUUGUGUUCAGUGUUCUUCAUUGCCGGCGCUCUGGGUGGUAUUUUAUCAGACACAGAUAAACAAGCAUUGAAUAAACUAGACGACAAUGGCACGAAAUUAGAUGCUGUAUUUAGUAACUUGUCGAAUACGGCCCAGGGUAUUAUAAAAACAUUAAACAAACAUGACCAAAAUAAUGAUGGCAAAUUUAACCUAGAUGAAAUCACCGAGGUAUGUAAUGAAUUGAAGGAAAGUAACACAAUCGAUGACAACAUGAUUAACAAGAUCAAAGAAAAUUAUUGUAAGAUUCAUUCUGAGCAUGAGGCGGUUUGUGUAGAAUCGCUUACAAUAGUUCAAGUGAUGAAACAAAUCGCAAAAAAUUAGGCGCAAUGAAUUUUGAGCGAUGGCACUGAGGCGAUCGUUCAAUUUUCGAAAACCUUCAUUACGAAAUACUUUUUGUUAAUUUAACUAAAUCUUAUGUUUUAUUUUUUCGCACCUAUUGUAAUAUAUAACACUUUUAUGAAUGCAUAUA